CGGUGUUCUGCAAAUUGUUAGGGUUUGCUAUUCAACCAUUGUUGUUCCCCAAUUUGUUCUGAAGAACCUCCAUCUUCCUACAAUGAAGAAGAAUGAGGAACACAGUGAUAAUCGCAAGAAGAAGCACAUGAUGAAGAGGAACAUUUCGAGGUUGGGCGGUAGUGGCCUUUCGCUCGAAGCUUUCGCCAAUGCAAAGUCCAAGAACAAGCAAUAUAACCCAGCUAUCAUAAAGAAACAAAGGGAGUUCUAUAAAAAUGCUAAGAAUGUGAAUAAGUUUAAGAAGUUGUUAAAGCAGAAAAACCAGCAGAAUGAUCGUUCCUUGGGUCAGAAACAUGACAAGGAUGUAAAUGAAACUGACAAGUACAAGGACAAGAGUGAGAGAAGGAGGAGGAAGAACAGUGCUUUUAGUUUGGAAGAACUGUACAGAAAGCAACAUGAAGAGAAAGAGAAAGAAAGAAUGGAGAGAGAGGCAGUGUUGAGGGUAAGGAAGGAAGAGAGAGAACAAGCUGAAACUCGGAGAAAGGCUGUGCGGGAAAAAAUGCUUAAGAAGACCCGAAGAGGGCAGCCUGUUAUGAAAUACAGAAUUGAGCAUCUUUUGGAGACUAUUCAAGGUUCAACUAAAAUGGCAGCUGGCAGUGAAUCAUAAGUAGUGGAAUAGAAAAAGGACGAAUGUUGGAGAACAUCCUUCUGUUAAAUGUUAUCAGCAUCGUAAUGUUUUUGGUUUAAAGAACAUGACUGAUAUUAAUUUGGUGAUCAAGCUUACCGAGGAACGAUGCAUUGAUCACUAUUAUAGUAUAUUAUAUCAGUCAGUAUACCAUUGAUCACAUAUUUGUGGCAGACUAAAUCUCCAGCUUUUCAUCUAUGUCAUGCUUGUAUCAAAUGUUGUAAUCAAAAUUCAUUCUUGUAAUUGCUCUGUAGAACCAGUAAUAAUCACUGCUUGUAGUGAGUAUAUUUAAGUUGACAUUUGUCUCAAUAUACAAAGAAUUAAAUAUAAUCUGCAAUCCUCACA